UGUCAUUUCUAAUUGAAGUUUCCAACAAGAAAUCUUGAUUUCUUUUUUGUUUCAAUUUUGAGUUUUUAAUUGUUUUUCUCCUGUUUGAAAUUCUUCCUCUUCUUUACAUAUUGUUGCUUUUGUGGAUAAAGAAUUGACAAGAUGAAAUUUUGAGUUUUUUGUUUUCUCAUUUUCAUUUUUUUUCCCUGUUUGAAACUCUUCUUCCCCUUCUUAAGAUAUUGUUAUUUUAUUUGCGGAAAAGAGGAAGGAUCAAGAAUUAACAAGAUGUUACAAAGAGCUGCAAGUAAUGCAUAUUCAUGGUGGGCAGCUAGCCACAUUAGGACCAAGCAAUCCAAAUGGCUUGAACAGAGCCUACAAGAUAUGCAAGAGAAGGUGGAGAGUGUGGUUAAGCUCAUUGAAGAGGAUGGAGAUUCAUUUGCCAAAAGGGCUGAAAUGUACUACAAGAAAAGGCCAGAGCUGAUCAACUUUGUGGAAGAAUCAUAUCGUGCUUAUCGCGCUUUGGCUGAACGAUAUGACCAUUUGUCAAAGGAAUUGCAGGCUGCUAACACCACCAUUGCUGCUGUUUUCCCUGAACAAAUUCAACUAGCAAUGGAGGAGGAGGACGAAUAUGGCGCCCCGAAAAUACCAAAGAGUUCCUCACAAAUUCCAACAUCAAGUGGAUCAAAUGUACCUAAGGUUCCAAAGGCUCCAAUAAAACAGUUGAAAGGUCUUAUAACAACAGCUUCAAAGAAACUGCAAGGCAAGAAAUCAUCCAAAAAAGAAGAUGCAAGUAAAAAUGUACCAAAAUCAGGUUUAACAAAGAGUGAAGCUCUUGAAGAGAUUGACAAGCUUCAAAAGGAUAUCUUGGCUUUGCAAACUGUGAAAGAGUUUGUAAAGAGUUCAUAUGAAAGUGGUCUAGCAAAGUAUAAGGGAAUUGAAAGCCAAAUCAUGGAAAAGCAACAAAAGAUAUGUAAACUUGAGGAUGAAUUUGGUGAGGGUCCGGUUAUUGAGGAUAAUGAUGCUCGUACGUUGAUGGCUGAAGCAGCAUUAAAAUCAUGUCAAGAAACAUUGGCUCAGCUCCAGGAGAAACAAGAAAGAUCAACAAGAGAAGCAAGCAAGGAAUUCGAAAAGAUUGAAAAUGCUAGUAAGAAACUGAAGUCUCUCAAGCAUAAGUAUAUUGGUGAUCAGAUCGAUGAAACAAAGGCACCUGCAGAAGAUGAGAAUGCUAAAGCAACAGCUGAAUCUCAGAGCCUAAGCCAAGAAUUAAGCAAGGAGAUCGAGUCAUUGCAGGAAAAGAUUAAGGAGCAAUUCGAUACAAGCUCUAUGGCAUCUCUAACAGUGACACAACUAGCAGAGAAGAUCGACGAGCUUGUGAAUGAAGUAGUCAGCCUUGAAACAGCAGUUUCAGCUCAAACUGUUCUAAUUGAUAGAUUAAGAUCAGAAGCCGAUGACCUCCAGUCACAAAUUCAGAUUUUGGAAGAGGAUAAGGAAGCUCCAACAGAGGAUAAUAAACACAAUCUGAAAAUCAGCGUGAUAGCAAUGGAGGAUAAGUUGCAUGGCAUCCGAAACCUGAAUCAAGAUGUUGCUUAUCAAAACAGUAGCUUUCAAACUUACUUUGACACAGCUCGUACGAGUCUUGACUAUUUAGCUGAGAAAUUGAAUAGUGUGAAACCAGAUGAGGAGCUCCAAGACGAAGAGGAAUCCGUUGUUAAAAUCAAGUCUCAAGAAGAUCCAGCAAAACAGCAAGUUCAACAAAGUGCAAGUGAAGCUCCCAAGAACUUAAGUAUCUCGAAAACAGAAGAUAAAGAAGUUAGAAAAGAAGUAUCUCCUAGCACAAUUGUCAGUAAAAAAGAAGGGGAAGGUAUAGAAACGCAAGUUGAAAAAGCUGAUGAGAAAGUCUCAACUCAAUCAGAAAAUGCUGUUCAUGAGACACAACCACAUGAAGACGAGGAGAAGGGCGACGAGCCUAACUGGCAGCAGCUGCUGUCAAUCCAGUUGGAGGAUAGGGAAAAGACUCUCUUAGCAGAAUACACAACAGUUCUCAGGAAUUAUAAGGAAGUCAAGAGGAAGCUUAGCGACAAGGAGAAGAAAGAUAGGGACACUGAAUUCGAAGUCACACUGCAGAUGAGAGAACUUAAAAGUGCUAUUGCAAAGAGGGAUGAAGAGAUAAAUAACCUACGCGGGAAGUUGGACCUUCUACAAGGAAAUGUUAACGAAAGCAAAGAAUUGAAGGAAGAAGAUCAGCAAGCAUCUGAUCCCAAGGAUGUUCAAGAAACAGAAGACAAAGAUAAUCAUAAUGAUAAUGCAAAGAUGAUUAUGAUUGAUCAACAUGCAUCUCUCUCGCCUAUUGAGGAAAAGUUCCGGAUGGAUAUUGAUGUUAUAAUGGAUGGAAACUUGGACUUCUGGCUAAGAUUCAGUUCAACAUUUCAUCAGAUACAAAAAUUCAAGACAACAGUCCAAGAUUUACAGAGUGAAAUAUCAAAACUAAGAGACAAGGAGACAGAAGAGAACAACACCAAAACAGAUAUGAAAUCAGAAAUCAGGCCUAUAUAUAAACACAUGAGGGAAAUUCAAAAUGAGCUAGCAGUGUGGUUAGAACAAAGUGUGUCGUUGAAAGAUGAAAUGAAACGUAGGUCCUCGUCGUUGUGCAGUAUUCAGGAGGAAAUUACAAAAGCAUUAAAGGAAGGAGCUGAAGAAGAUGAGAUCAGAUUUAGUAGUCAUCAAGCUGCAAAGUUCCAAGGUGAAGUCUUGAAUAUGAAACAAGAUAACAACAAGGUAAGAGAGGAACUAGAAAGUGGUGUAGAUCAUAUAACUACACUUCAAGAAGAUGUUGAAAAGACGGUGACAAAGUUAGAGCAAGAGUUUGGACUUGCUGCUGGAAAUCAACAACAAGCUAAUAACUCAACUAGCGGAUCAUCAAUUCCUCUAAGAUCAUUCAUCUUUGGAACUAAACCAAAGAAGCAGAGGCGUUCGGUCUUUUCCACCUUCCAAAACAAUAGGAAAGCCCUGUGGGCAGGGACACCUUUGUAGAUCUUGUUUUUUCAUCUUCCCUUUACUUUUAUUUAAUUUUUGGUCUCAUUCUUUCCCAUUUUUUUGUUUGUUCAUAUUUGGGAAGUUUUUCGAGAUUGUAUGCAUGUCACGCUGUCUUGAUGGUGUAAACAGUUCUUUUUUUUUUUCCUGCAGCUUUCUUCAGUUGCCUA